UUUUUUCAGUACUUCUCUAGGGACUGAUGAUUGAUGAAAUAAAGGUUUCAAGUGUGAACAAGAAUGUCUUCUCAUUCUCAGCUGAGCUAUGGAAAAGGAGCCAGAGAAUGAAACUGACUUUGCUGGAUUCAUCCUCCAGGGUCUCUCCUCCUCUCCAGACUUCCAGGGACUCCUCUUCUCCACCUUCCUUUCUAUGUACUUCCUUGCCCUGCUGGGGAACCUCUUGAUCUUCUUGCUGAUCAUCACCAACACCAGACUGUUCCAUGCCCCUAUGUACUUCUUCCUCAGUCACCUGUCAUUGGCUGAUUUGGGAACCAUCUCCACCACAGUGCCUAAAAUGCUACAGACCUUGAUAUCGCAGACACACACCUAUGGUGGCUGCCUGGCCCAGCUGUAUUUCUUUGUGGUCUUUUGCACCACUGAUAACUUCCUCUUGGCCUCCAUGGCGUAUGAUCGCUAUGUGGCCAUCUGCUACCCUCUACGUUACACUACAAUCAUGAGCUACAAGUGUUGUCUGCUGUUGGCUGCUGGGUCUUGGUUGCUGGGUCACAUUCACAGCUUGUUGUAUGUAUUGGUAGUAUCUAGUUUUUCCUUCUGUGGCUCUGGGAAGAUCCCCCAUUACUUUUGUGACCUUCAUCCUUUACUCAAGCUCUCCUGCUCAGACACCUCAGCUGUGGAAAUGCUGCUUGUUGGUGAAGGUACCACAGCUCUUCUUGGACCCCUCCUACUCAUCCUCCUCUCCUAUGUCUUCAUUGUAUCCAAGGUUUUGAAGGUCCCAUCAAGUUCUAGGAAGUACAAGGCCUUCUCGACAUGCAGUGCGCACCUCACCACAGUGGCCUUGUUCUAUGGCACUCUGAUAGGCACCUACAUCCGCCCAUCGUCCACCUACUCUGGCUCCAGAUUGAAAGUAGCAUCUAUACUCUACACUGUGGUCACUCCUAUGCUCAAUCCUUUCAUAUACUGCCUGAGGAACGGUGAGAUGCAAAGGGCCGCAAGGAGGUUCCUGAAGGUUUGGUUUCUGAAGAGAAGAAGCUUGGAGGACCUGUGA